CCCCUUGGUUUCCAAAACCAGUACUACUACUACACCAACUCCCACAACCCAUUUUUCAUAGUGGGGUGAGUGAGGUAGAGGAGGGGGAAACUAAUUUAAAGGAGCAAUUUUUAUUUGAUUUUUGAUCUCAAAAUGUGAUUUUUUUUUUCCAUCUAAUUUUGGGUGUUUCCUUCAGAAAAAAAAAAUCCGAUUUUGGUGUCUCUUUUUGAUUGAUUUGGGUGGGGGUUUUGCAUGUGGAAUUUUUAUGGAAAAAACCCAUGUUGGAAAACUGAGAUUGGUAGUAUUCAGAUGCUCUUUUCUCUUCUUUUUUUUUGUGGUUCUAAUUCAUGAACAUUUUGAGGUAUUAUAAUACCCUCUUCUUUUCUUUUCCCCCUAAAAAAACAAUUUUGGGUUGUGUGUAGUGUCCCCCCCCCCCUCUUUUUGAGGUGCUUUGUGUUCCCUUUAAAGGGUUUUUUUUUUUUUUUCUUUUUUUUUUGGGGGUGCUUGAGGAAGGAAAUAGUGAAGCUUACAGGUCUCAAAAGCCCAAAUCUUUCUCUGACACUACUAUUACUAUCAUCAUUAUUAUGUUGAGGAAGAGAUCAAGAGCAGUAGGAGGGAGCAGCAGCAGCAGCAGCAGCAGCAGCAAACAAGGCAUAGUAAUGUCAGAACCCCUCCCUCUAAACCAAGAAAAAUUCAAGCCCAACAAGCUCAAUCCCUCUUCUCUCAGACCCCAAAACCACCCCAAACCCCCCCAAGAUCACUCCUUUAUUGGAGCCCACAUCCAAGGGCCUUGUUGAUGCACUCACCACUAGUGAUGAUGAUCACAACUUCCCCCCACACCAUUCCCCCAUCUCCUCCCAUGAGGCUAGGAGGAGGAGGAUGGUCCUCUUCGGAUCGAAGCUCAAGAUCCAAAUCCCCUCCCCGAACCCUCCGACCCCGUCCCCGCGAUCCCCGAUCGAGUUCGGCUUCAAGAACAAGGACUCACAGCUGGCCCUGCUGUCCCCUGCCCAGAGGGCCCUCCGCGGCGCCGCCUCCGCCAGGCUCGUCGCCGCCAACUUGGUCGUGAGCGAUUUGGAGCUCUCCGAGGACUACACCUGCGUGAUCUCGCACGGCCCGAACCCCAAGACCACCCACAUCUUCGAUAACUGCAUCAUCGAGAGCCGCUGCUGCGGCUACACGAAUGAGAGCGAUCUCGCGGGGAGCCGCGGCGGCGGCGGCGGCGGUCUCUUGAGCUCUUGCCAUGCAUGCAACAAGAGGCUUGGGCAAGGGGAUGAGAUUUUCAUGUAUAGAGGCGAAAAGGCUUUUUGCAGCAGCGAGUGCCGCCACCAGGAAAUGAUCUUGGACGAAGCGAUGGACUAAGCAGCAGAAGGAAGUUGCUUCGUCGCAACGCGCUUCUGCUUCUCCUCCCCCUCCCCUUUUGCUGUAAAUUCGAGUGGGUUCAUAUUAUGGCCUUAGAUCCAAAUGGUUGGAAUAGAGAUUUCGAACAUCGGUUCGGAUUAUUAUUCGCAAAUUUUGCUGGUGAGUUAAAUAGUGAGGGUGCUGAGAUGAAAUGUUAUUGAAACCUGGAACUUGUUGAGAUCUUUAAGUUAUGGAAGAUGUUAUAUUUAACUCUCUGUAUUGUGUUAAAUUUGAGAAUGCGUAUCUAGCAGUUAUCUUCAUAAGAAA